AUGCUCGGAAUGAAGAGUCUUUGGAUCUUCAGUGCUGCCCUGAGUCUUACAUGCUGCCUUGCCAGCGAGAGUGUGUUCAGCGUUAACGACGAUGUCUUCGCCUUUCCACAGUACGGCAUAGAAUUCCUAGACUCGUACGUCCUGGAGUCUGAGGCCCUCGCUUAUCUACCUUCAAAACAAAAGGUACCUGUCCAACGGUCGAACCAUGCGCCAGUCCAGUCCAGCGACGUGUCUCCGCAUCUGGACCAUCCAGAGUCUGACGGCGAUUCGCCGGAAACGGGUGCCGACUCCCCUGGAACAUACGAACUCAUCCUCCUCCAUGGCUACCCUCACCUCUGCUUCAUACCUGAGGCCAAAGUCAGCAAGCGCAAUGACACCGCGCCGGAACCCUCUGCCACAGACCGAGAAAAGGAGCUGGAUCGCGCAGUUAGCAGAGCGUCGGAGCUGCUCCAGGGAAUGGCCUCGAACCAGUGCCUCUACUAUUCGACCGGCUGGUGGACGUAUUCAUUCUGCCAUGAUGCGCAGGUGACACAAUUUCAUGCCCUCCCUCCGGGAACGAAUGGUAGAGUCUGGCCGCCGCAGGAAGAUCCCACAACACCGAGCUACGUCCUGGGUAAAUUUAACCAUCCAGGCUCCAAAGGCUCCUCUCCACGUGCAAAGCCAGACCGUUCCCCCUCCACCGAAGUGAGGUCCAAGGCCGAGACCAAUUAUUUGGUUCAGCAGCUAGAAGGUGGAACCCCUUGUGAUCUUACUGGAAUCGACCGUAAGGUUGAGAUUCAAUUUCAUUGCAAUCCCCAAUUGACCGAUCGAAUUGGUUGGAUCAAGGAGACUGCUACUUGCUCGUACCUCAUGAUCAUUUAUACACCCCGCCUUUGCAACGAUGUUACUUUCCAGCCGCCAAAGGAAAGCCGUGUCCAUUCACUCAAAUGCCGAGAAAUCAUAUCGGAAGAUGAUGUUCCUUUGUGGGAAGCUCGUCAUGAGGAAGGUAACUCGCGACCGACUCUCGAUCAAGGUCAGACUCAGCAAGUGUUCCUGGGGAACGUGGAGCUAGGCGGAAUGAGAUACCUGGGCCGUGACGGCAAAAAACUCGAAAAGGGUCGCAUAGUGCUGACUCAAGAUGAGAAGGCCGAGACUGUGAUCAUGCAGAAAAACGGCCACAUUUCAAGUCUCUCUAAGGCAGAGCUCAAAAAGCUUGAUCUUAGCCAGGAAGAUGUUGAUGCGUUCCGCAAAGAGCUGCAGAAACUGGCGGGUGCAAAAGACUGGAAGAUUGAGCGACUGGAUGAUGUCAACGGCCACGUUCAACUGCGCGGUGUUGUCAGCGCUGACGAUGCUGCCGAGGAAGAAAAAGAGAUCCAAGAGGCUUCUUCUGAGGACGACCCCGAGGUUCCGGGUAGUCAAGAAGAAUACGUCGAAGAAGUGUGA